GGAGCGCCCGGGCGCCGCGGCCGCCGUCUGUUCGCAGCGCUGCCGACCGGCCGGCUCCGGGUGGGGGAGCGGGGGAGCGCGCAGCCAGGCCCGAGGCCCUCUGCCCGCGCGGUCCUGGCCUCUCCCUGCGGCCAUGGGGGCGUCCGCGCGCCUACUGCGCGCAGUGAUCAUGGGGGCGCCGGGCUCGGGCAAGGGCACCGUGUCGUCGCGCAUCACCCAACACUUCGAGCUGAAGCACCUCUCGAGCGGGGACCUGCUCCGAGACAACAUGCUUCGGGGCACAGAAAUUGGUGUGUUAGCCAAGACUUUCAUUGACCAAGGGAAGCUCAUCCCAGAUGAUGUCAUGACUCGGCUGGCCCUUCAUGAGCUGAAAAAUCUCACCCAACAUAGCUGGCUGUUGGAUGGUUUUCCAAGGACACUUCCACAGGCAGAAGCCCUGGAUAAAGCGUAUCAGAUAGAUACAGUGAUUAAUCUGAAUGUGCCCUUUGAAGUCAUUCAGCACCGCCUCACUGCCCGCUGGAUUCAUCCAGCCAGCGGCCGAGUCUACAACAUGGAAUUCAACCCUCCCAAAACACUGGGUGUUGAUGAUGUGACUGGAGAGCCUCUCGUUCAGCGGGAGGAUGACAAACCAGAGACAGUUGUCAAGAGGCUGAAGGCCUACGAGGCGCAAACAAAGCCGGUCCUGGAUUACUACCAGAAAAAAGGGGUGUUGGAAACAUUCUCUGGAACAGAAACCAACAAGAUCUGGCCUCAUGUGUAUGCUUUCCUACAAACAAAAGUUCCACAAGUAAACCAGGAAGCAUCAGUUACUCCAUGAGGAAAAGUGCCUAUAACUAGUAAGAUGGGCAGAAGCUCCUUGUCCUAAGACUCAUGUAUGAAUUCUUUGAAAAUUGUAUUAAUUUCAUUUCUACUGAUUUUAUUCUGGAAAUUAAGGAUGUGCCAAAUGAGUGAGAUACCAAGAUUCAUCUUUUGAAAUUGUCUAGUCUGUUUUAUCUAGUUAUCUUCUAUGGAUGUGCAAUUCAAAAGCAUCAGAGAUGUCUAAACUUUUGGAAAAUCUUUUAGAGCAUGAUUAAAAGAGUAAUGGUAGUAAUCUAACGUUUGUUCAGAAGAGUAAGUGGCUGAUAGAGUUUUCUGUGUCUUCUGGAAAAGUGAAAAAAAAAAUUCCAUGUAAUUUGGGGAAAAUAUCUCAGUAGAGGCUUUUGUGUAGACCGAUACCAAAGACAUCUCUAGCACUGUGGUACACGAUUUUGUGAGACACUAUGUUUAUAAAAUUCCAGAAAAUACGCAACUGGAUUUACACACCAGUUGCAGGAUGCAAAUUCACUGCUGCCUUUACACUAAGAAACUUACAAGCUAGCCAUAUAUGCUGUAUUUAUUUUGUUAAACAUACCUUCAGUUUACUCAGAAUUUUCAAUUCACCAUAAAAAUCUAUGAGUUAGUAUACAGGAAAAUAUUUGUUUCCUGUUAUUAGUUAUUGUUAUGACUUGUUCUCUUUUGGAAAUACAUGUGUACUGAGGGAUAUGAUUUAUGUUAGAAACUGACAUUAUAAGUUCUUGCAAAAGCACCAAAAUUGAAUUUUCAAUGGAAAAUAUAAUUAAAGUCUUAUUUUCUCAGAUGUUACUCAGGGUAAGAAAUGCAUGCUCUAGGUUCGACUUGCCAGUUUCUCUUUUUGAUCAAAAUGUAUGAUCUGCCUUGAUGAGUAACAAAUUAAAGUACAAAAAAAAAAAAGAAGGAAGACCCAUAGCACUAGGUAAGCUCAACUGUGUCAUUAGGAAAUAGAAAUAAAUCAGGUUUGUCUGGGGAAAAUUCCUUUGACAUAAAUAACAAUCAUAACUAGUAAACAGGUGUAGCAAUUAAAAGGGUUUCUAUGACAGGUUAAAAAAGACUAGGAGACUGAAUUUGCUGAAGGAGUUCUUUAUUCCGAAUCAAAGUUGACACCUGCUAGCACUCACUGCCAUCCCAGCUUAAAGGCAAAGAACUCUGCUGGUGAAUGUAAUCUGAGCAGCCAUUUUAAAAUCAAAAUGAUUUGAUUCCUUAGCGGGGCAAUAAGGAUGUAUGUGUAUGUACUGUGGCCUGGAAGGAAGAGUGAGGCAGUAUGAGAAGUGGGGGAGAAACCUCAUUUAUCUUCAAUGGCAUACUUACUCUUAAUUUUACUUGGUGCUAAAUCAAAUGAAACAAAUCCUUAUACAAGCUGUCAUUAACUGCCUUUGAAAAUUUGGCUCAUUUUAUUUCAGGCACUUAAAAUACAAUUGCCAGCAAGUGGUUCUUAUGUAUUUGUGGGGAAAAAACUUCUUUUCUUUUCUUUUGAUUUUUUAAAAAUCACUGUUGAUCUCCCAGAGGGGAUCACGGCUUUAAAAAAAAAGAUUAUAGUAAACAUUUCAUUCUUUACAAAACUUCCUAUGUUUUAUUGGAAUGUUAAUAUUAUGUGCUUUCUAAAAACUUUGUGAGCUACUAAAUUUAUGAAUUAUCACUGGGUUAACCACUAAAUUUAUGAAUUAUCACUAGGUUAUUGGCAUACAUUAGAAUUAAUAGAAUAAAAUUAAAUUUUUGAACUGUG